AUGUCUAUAAUUAAGACAUUUUUUAAUUUUUUGAUAUUCGGUAAAAUUAUUCCGGGUUCUAAAGAACAAGAGAUUUUUGAAGAAAGAGCUACAGAUGAAAAUUCAAUCAGGCAUCAUUUCACUAAGAAGUUAAAGAUACGUGACGACGAUGACUCUAGUGAAGCGAUUUGUCAAGUUGAACGUGAUAUCGGUUAUAUGGCUACGAUGUUUCCGUUUUCACCACCGGGAAAAAAUAAUAUACUACCCAUGGAGGAAAUUUGUGAUAAUGUCGAAGCACAAAUAAAUCACCUUAUACAGGUGAAACGUAAAAGAGAUUUGAUGAUUUCCAAAGACGAAACUCUUUUCAAAAAACAUAAGCAAUUCGCAUCUGUUUUGAAGGUUGAUCCAACAACCGAAUUAGAGAUUCCGUUGGCUGAGUCAUCUAUUACAAACAAUUGGCGACCUGUUCGCUUUGUUGUGAGAUCAACUCCGAUUGAUAUACCUAAAAAACGUUAUAUACUAUAA